UCGUGUGUUUGAGAUGAAAUUACCCCUGCGUUGGUUGAUCAACCCGAUGUACUUUCUCUCUGUUACCUGAGCAUGUGCUUCCAAUCAUCUUGCUCUGAUCAGAAAUAUAGCGGUCGGUGUGCAUGGAUUUUUCUCGGGAUUGAACGGCGUUUGUUGAGAUGGUGACUCAACGAAGAUUUCAUGGUCAAGAUAUCAUUUCCUGGAUAUGUUUAUGCGAUUUGAUGGAUAUGAUCGCCAACCUGGCUAUGUGUUUGGCAUCAGGAGGGCUGUUUCUGGGGUGGUUGAUGUACGUCGAAUCCUGCCUUGAUGUGUGUGUCUCUGAUGAUACUAUAUCUCAGUCAACGUUUGGGAGUGGUGAUUGGGUAUUAUAGCAGAGCUUUAUGCGGACGGCAGAACGUUUCGUUUUGGUAUGAGAUGCUGAUAGA